UAUAAACGUCUUAUAAUCCGCUGGCGUGACAUAUUCGCGGCAGAAGAGGCUGACUGUCAUUACCACCUGUCAGGAUGAGUGAGGAAGAGCAGAGUAACGGCCCGCUGGCUGUCAGGAAACCGUCCCGUAUGCCCAAAUGCUCACGCUGCAGGAACCACGGCUUCGUGUCUCCGCUAAAGGGCCACAAACGCUUCUGCAACUGGAGGGACUGUCAGUGUCAAAAAUGCAGACUAAUUGCUGAAAGACAGCGGGUCAUGGCAGCCCAGGUGGCCUUACGGAGGCAGCAGGCCCAAGAGGAAGAGAUGGGCAUCUGCAGUCCGGUUAACCUGUCCGGUUCAGACACUAUGGUGAAGAACGAGGUCGUGGGUGAUGUGAACGUGUUUACUAUCAGCUCAGGACCGCCAUCACCCACCAACAGCAGUGACACCGCAUCUCCCACCAACCUAGAGAGCCGUUCCAUGCUGGCUCUGAGCUCUGCAGUGACCAGCAGAGGGCACAAUGAGGGCCCUUCUGAGCUGAUGGUGGAUGCCUCCUAUUACAACCUCUACCAGCCCACACCGUACACGUCCUACUAUAGCAACCUGUACAACUACCAGCAAUACCAGAUGCCCAAUGGAAAUGGCCGCCUGUCCAGCCAUAAUGUGCCCCCCCAGUACCGCACACACUCCUACUAUUCAUCUUACCUGAGUCAGGGGAUUGACACGGCUGCAUGUGUCCCACCCAGCACCUGCCCUGAGCCCAAAGCAGCAGCUUACUCCAGUGAAGUUCAAGACAGCUCGAUGAUCAACACCGAGAACAAGCUGGAGUGUGAGAGCAGCUCAGAGUCUGGAACCUUCUCCGUCGACUCCGUCAUCGAUGGGGCAACCAAGUAAAACACCCUCACCUGCACCAAUCUCCCUUUUACAACAACUUGAUU